CAGCUUCUUCUACCUAUAAUAUAUCCCCGUCAUCUGUUUCUCUUUCUCUCUCGUCAUAUCUCUUCUACAGUGUCAGUCUCCUCUUGUUAGGUUUAGAGAAGAGCCUUGCUGCUCUCUUCUUUCUCUUGGUUAAGGCUCCUUUUCUGCCCUCCUGCCACCUGAUCUCUGUCCCAUGCUUCCAGAUCUAAAAGAACAAGAAACCUAUCCUCUCAGAAGACGCAUGGAACUUGGCAUUGGGUGCAACACCAUCAAAUCCUAAUCCUGCUGCUGCUGCUAUCUGGACACAUGUACGACUAUCUCUGGAAACGGAUGGAGAACGACCACGGUGACCUCGGCGACAUAGUCCGAGCAGGCGGCCGAAUCGGGCCACAGAACAUGGAGAUCGAGCCGGCCGUCGAGCGGGAGCUUCCUACCGAGGCCGUUGCCUUUCACACCAGAACCGAAAGCCCUACCGACGGCUUCGGCCAUCCUUUGGUCGAUCUCCGUGACUCUCUACUCGGUCGGAACACAGGUACGGAGUUCUUGGAUGGGGCAGAAGCGAUGCUGGCGCCGUCCAAGAUGGCCAUGGAGAGCAGCAGCGACCCUGGAGGAGGUGGGAGGUUUAUCUUAGCUCGGAAGGUACUAUCAGGCAAGCAGGAGGUCGAGAUAUCCUGCAGUAUCUUCUCGAGCAAGCCUUCCCUGUCCUCACCCGGGGAGAUGUUGCAGUUGAGCGGCGGCUCCACAGCCGGCCCCAUGGAUCACGGCGAUGAUGUACAGAUCUGGUCUCCUCGGAGUAGUCAAGAGAUCAAACGCAGGUUCGAGAUCCACAAAAAAAGCCAGGCAAAGAAGGUGGUGUGUGUUCCAGCGCCGGUGGCUGCCAGCAGCCGGCCGAGCAGCGAGGCUGUUCCAUCCGAUCUAUGGGCUUGGAGGAAGUAUGGUCAGAAACCGAUCAAGGGUUCUCCUUAUCCAAGGGGCUAUUACAGAUGUAGCAGUUCAAAAGGAUGCUCGGCGAGGAAGCAAGUGGAGCGCAGCCGGACUGAUCCUAACAUAUUGGUCAUCACCUACACAUCCGAGCACAACCACCCGUGGCCUACACAACGCAAUGCGCUUGCCGGAACCGCAAGAUCGCAUCCAUCCAAGAAUGGCCCCAAGUGCUCCAGCGAUCAGGGUGUUCUAAAGUCACGCACGGCUCCGAAGGAGGACCCCAUGGAACGUCUGGUGAAGCAUGAAGUUGCUGAGAUGGAGAAGGCAAUCGAACCAGCUGCUGAGGACGACGAAUUCCACCAAAGCCACACGCGGAUGCUCCCGGAAGAGGACCAGCCGGACGACUUCUUCGAAGAUCUGUCGGAGUUGGAGACGGACCCCUUGAGCCUCAUCUUCUCCUCCGAGGGAUUCAUGGAAAGUAAGCCGGAUGAAGAGAGGGCGAACAAGGCCUUGGACCCGUUCAGCACGUUUGACUGGGCAGGCAGCUCGUGAAAGGAAAGAAAAUGACUAUCAUAACAGGAUCUUAUAUCAGCAAAAGACCUCAGCAGGAGAAAGACGAUAGAGAAUAAGGAGCCAUUCUUGAUCCUACACGGUUCAAGCCCCGAACCUUUUCAUGAACUCACAAGGUUGAUUGAACAUGGCAGCGUGAGGAUGACUCUGUUGUGUUUCCUACACAUGGUUUUAGUUGUUUAACCGAACAGUCUAGAGAUCAGGAUUGUAGAAGAAGAAGAGGAGGGGUUGUCAUUACCCGCAAGUUUGGGAUGUGACAGAAAGCUGAUGAGCAACAGAAGCUAGAAACAGUUGCGCCAAGUACAGAUGCGCUUGACGUGACCGAGGAUGUCGAGAUAAAAUAUAUGAAUGGCUUUUCUCCUUUCA